AUUCUGAGCAACCUUGAUAACGAUAGCCGUGCUCACGUUGUAGGGAUAUACAAGGGGAUGGAUGUACUGUGAUGAUGUUUGUAGAGAGAGAACAGUGAUGGUAUGCGCUCCCGCGCUCGAGUCCGCACUACGACCACAACAUAGCAUCGAUGGCUCAUAUCUCGUACAUAUUGUCCUCAAUUUCUCCCUCAAUUCGCUUUUUUCGGUAUACAACUCUACCAUGACAAGGCCUAUACCUGCGGUCGUUGGAUAAACUCCCUCUACUAUCUGAAGUCAUGGCAUCAGAAUCCUAAAAUGAGGUACCGACUCGAUGCACCAGGGCCUGAGGAAUAAAACAUGCCGCGUGCACUGGGAGGGCUCUCGAAUGGAAAUAAUCAAGCCUACCGCGAUGAUGUUGCAAGGGGUAAUAACCUUGAUUCUUGACAGGACUAUCAUGGUUGGUUUAGGGAAUGAUUGCGCCAUGAUGGUGUUGCAAGGGCGUUCUUCUUCCUCUUCUUCUUGUCCUUCUUAUUCCAGUGUGCCGUCGUGUGAACGGAGCCUGUUUCUCCGUGAUGCGGUACGGAAUGAAUCGUGUACCGGGGAGGAUUGCUGGGGUGAAAUCAGCGCAGUAAGCCCAGAGGACUCCGAUUCUCUCUAGGCGUGUGGGGCUUUGAUGGACUCCUGGCCAGAACGGUCGAAUCGGCUGCACCGCCAGUCCAAUCAGUUGUAAGGGGAUGUAGUUUAAAUUGCCAUGAGAAAGGACGAAAUGCAGACUUGAUUUGAUGCUUUCAAUCUAGGACUUUGCCUGAACAUCUACCCUUGAGAUUCAAGUUCCUAAGGAGAAGGUCUCCGCUGAAAGCAGAAAUUUGCUCCUAGAUGGACUUCAUAUGAGACAGAGUAAGACAUC